AUGGGUCGACACUACCAUCACCGCGACAAUGAUCGCAAGCUGUUUGUGAAGCAGCUCAACUCAAAGACAACGGGCGACGAGCUCAAGGCUUACUUCUCCUCCUUUGGGCCGGUGGAAGAGGCUGUUGUCAUCUUCGAUCAUGACACGCAGGAGUCAAAGCGGUAUGGCUUUGUUACGUUUUCGGAAUUGGAGUCUGUGCAUGCUGCACUUGCGGCUCCGUACCACUAUGUCGACGGCCAACGCAUCUACUGCAACCUUGCUGCUAUGGGCAUGAAGCGCCGCCAGCAGAAGGAAGACGAAGAGGCGAAAGGCGAAGGUGAGGAGGCUGGUGCAGAUGGCGAGGCGCGUGGCGACGCAUCCGACGACACCAAGCAACAGGCAGAGCAGCCGGAGGACGAUGAGCCCAUUGUCAUCAAGGACUACUUUACGUACCUGCGCGACUACAAACAGGACAACGGGUGGCUCGCGGACCACCCGACAUUCUUCCCGGAGAGCCCCUACCAGGGCAUGGUGCUGCCAAUCCGCCCGCCAAAGCCCAUGCGCCGCGAGCAGAUGGCCUUGCUCCUCCGUCCGCUGUACAUGGCCAGCCGCGCCCCUGCCAACCAACAACACCAGCAGCCGCAAGCAGGCCCGCCGCCACCACGGCCACCACCGCAUGCACACCACCACCACCACCACCACCAGCAGCAGCAGCAGCAGCAACAUCCUCACGCUCCCGGCGCUGCGAUGCGGGGCGGCAUGCCCCAGCAGUAUGCCCACGCCCACCAGCAGCACCAGCAGCACCAGCAGCCACCUGCAGGCCGUGUGCCGCCGCCACACCUGCGCGGCCCGCUGCCGCCGGGUAUGCGGCCACCGCCGGGCUACCGUGGGCCCAUGCCGCCACGCGGGCCUGCUCCCCCACCAGGUUUCCACCAGGGCCACCACCCCAUGCAGCAGCACCAGCAGCACGGCAGUGGCCCGGGCUCGCCUGCUGUCGCUCGGCGAGGGGCAGCGUCCCCGAAGCAAGGUGGCAGCACACAGCGGGGCCAUCAACAGCAGCAGCAGCAGUCCCACCCGUCAUCGCACUACGUGAUCACACCAUACGGGCCCAUGCACGUGUCCCAGGUACGCGCCAUGCAGCAGCAGCAACAACACCGCGCACAACAAGGGCAGCAACAGCGGCGGUGGUGA